CCUGGGCGGCCGACUUCCGGCGUGGGUACGGGUCGGCGCACGCGGUCACGGUUCGGUUGACUUUGCGGAGCCAUGGAGGGUGGCUUCGGCUCCGAUUUCGGGAGCUCCGGCGGCGGCAAGCUGGACCCGGGGCUCAUCAUGGAGCAGGUGAAGGUGCAGAUCGCCGUGGCUAACGCGCAGGAGCUGCUGCAGAGGAUGACGGACAAGUGCUUCCGGAAGUGCAUCGGGAAGCCGGGGGGCUCCCUGGACAACUCGGAACAGAAGUGCAUCGCCAUGUGCAUGGACCGCUACAUGGACGCCUGGAACACCGUGUCCCGCGCCUACAACUCGCGGCUGCAGCGGGAACGAGCCAACAUGUGACCCCGGCGCCGCGCCCGGCCCUCAUCCCCCGUUCCGUUUCCAUAAAUGCCCUUUGCGAAGCGGGGCCGCU